CUAUGCGUGUUCAAAGCAAUUGUGUGGUGGUGUGGUUUUAUCAAUUUGUAGGGGAGUAUGAAAAUAGAACACAAUUAAAAUCAAAAAUUUUAAUAGUAAGUGUAGCUGAAACAUCAUUUCUACAUUGGCGCAUUACCUUACCUUACCUACCUUACCUUACCUUGCAUUACCUUACCUAUCUUACCAUUAUAAUUAAAAAUCUAGCGGAGAUUGGAUUAACCAAUUUUUUUUUACUAAAUCGCGGAGUUCUAAUUUUCUUCGUGGUCUACUUGGUGUAAUAGUAAUUUUAAUUAAUUAGGUCUUUUGGAGUCAGUAAUUAAUUCUAUUUUGUCUGUUCAUCGUGCCCGAACUCGGAAAAGUGAUUUGGAAUGCCCUUGGAUUCAAUGUGCUUGCACAUGGAUUGAGUAAGCUGUGAGUGAGUACUCAACACAGUGUUUUAGUACUGGAUCUUAGAGAAAUUUUGAUAAAACGUUCAGACUUAAGCAAUUUUAGGAAUAUUUGGAAAAAACACAAAAUUUUUGAAAACAUGGAAUUGGAACUUACAAAAUUUGUGUUUUUAGACAAUGAUUUCUGUGUUUGGACUUUUAUCGUGUGGUACUUAGUACAUUUUUGUUUCUAGAAAGGGAAAGUGAUAUAAUGGAACGAAACACUUAUGGUUCAAUAUGAGUUUAAUAAAAGGCUACACAAAGCCGAAAUAAAUUUAUAAAAGUCUAAAGGAACCUUAAAUAAGUAUAAAUAUGAAAAUAACUAUGAUCUGAAUUCAAGACAAUCAGAAUGCAAGACGCUAAAUGCGCACGGGGAGGAGCUUAAUUUACAGGAGAUACAAUUGGCUGGUCCAGAAUAUGCAACUGCAACAUCGGGUAAAAUUUAUGUUUUACUUGGAGUUAAAGUUUACAAUCAUAUAAUACGUGUCAUAGCCUUAAGGCCUUUUGGUAGUCUCAGGCAAGACACACAGAGACAUUUAGAAGAAGAUAGACUUAUAAGCAUGCGUAAUAAAAUAUUGUGAGACGAUUGGCUGAAAUAUUUUUGGGUGUUCGAUGUGGAAUCGAAUAAUAAUGACAAUUGAGAUGAGUUGUAGCACUGAAAAAGAUGUGUUGCCUGCUAUGCAAUGUAUAUAAAAGAGGCUGGUUACAUUAAAGAUGUUGACUACGAUAGCAGACGUCCGAUGAUCGUGUCUGCUAAUCAUCUUAGUAAACCUAUAGUGAAGGCCGCUGACGUAAAAAUGCUACGUUUAUUCGUUCAAAGGUUUGCAUUCUGCGAUUUAGAGAUUAAGUGAAUAGUGACUAUGUAGGUCAAUGGUCACUAUAUAAAAUAACAACAAACAUCCGAUGAUCGUGCCGGCUAAUCAUCUUAGUAAACCAAUAGUGACGAAUGCUGACGUAAAAAUGCUAAGUUUAUUCGUUCAAAUUUUUGUAUUCUGCGAAUUAGAGAUUAAGUGAAUAGUCACUAUAUGUAUCACUUUCUCUUAGCACGAGUAACUGCUGCCUACUGCCUUCACGUAAAAACGGGUUAGAAAUGUCACUUAGAAACAAGUCCAUUGUCUAGAUCUUAAUGGUAACGAAGAACGACAAGGGCAUUUUAUGGUGCCAAUAAACAUCUCCAAGAGAUAACAGAUUGAUUAAAGUUAGGAAUAUGUGAGAAAGAGCACUCUUGCGCUUUAUGAUAGAAAUUAGUAUUCUUAUGACUACAUAUGGCUUCUCACGUUUCUUAUUUUGUCAGUUUGUAAGCAUCGAGCUUACUUUAUGCCAACGCCAUCUUAAACGAGUAAUUGGGUAAUUUUAACUUACGUGGAGCUUAUCUACGGUUUUUUUUCACAUUAAAAGUGUUUAAGAUUAGGGUCGAGUUCGUUAUGGAGUAACCCAAAUGACAUCAGACCAGUUCUUAUUUGGAAAACCUAAAUGUAGCUGCUGUUCUUAUUUAUUCUGACAACACUUUGGCAAAUGUGCUUUAGGUCAAAUUAUAGAUAAAUAUCUCGGUCCUGAUAAAUAAAUAGUCGUGUGGGAUCAAUGGAAAUGAGUUUUAAGUAAUGUUUGUAUUUUGCAGAUUGCAUUUUGAUUUACAUUUUUUAAUUCGCGUUUGGUAUACGACUGAUGUCUACAAUGUUUUUGUUGCGACUGUUAUAUUAUCACGGUCUGCAAUUAUUUUUGUUAUUUUAUAAUUUUAGUUCGUUGUCUGUUGAAAUGAGUAUCUUCACACUUAUUGUUACUUUGAUAAUAUGAUAAUACCUACGUCUGACCCGGAGAUUAACUUUAGCUUUGCUUUUGUUAUUUUGCAUCUGUAGUUUAAGGACAAUGUCCUCGACGGGCAGAAUGUUUGAAUUUACAAUGUCGUUCAGGUAUAAUUUGUACAGCGAGAUAAGUAAGUCAAUGGCGAGAUAAUAUACAUCUUAUGCGUGAUUUGUUCAGAUUGAUCAUUCAUACCCACUGCAUUGAUGUUUUGAAUAUGCAAAAGUUCUUGUAUAAAUAUAUUCAUGACAUACCACUUUAAAGUACUCAAAAUAUAGAGGUGAUGUCGCAUUUAACACCUCUGUGCCUCUACCAUGAGUUGUCGCUAGCAACCGCGCACUGCUCAAUUUGCCAUACAAAAUUGGCAAAUUUUGAUGAGGUCGUUAGCGACAACUGUCACUAGCAUAGCGGAGACAGGCGCUGAACUAAAAUGAAACCUUUUUUUCUUACAGAAUACGAUACAGAUAUUCAAUUGAAAUUAAGUUUGUGUCCGAACUGACAUCACGAAUGUAGAUUUAGAUGUUAUUAGUUACUUAUAUUUAUAUAUAACGUUAAUAAAAUGUUUUGUCUAUUUUACUUUGCUUCAAUAAAUGUAUAGAUUGUAUUGUGUAAAUAUUUUACUGAACACUUAACCCCAAAAGUGGUUCAGGAUCGUUUUCCGUUGUCUGUCGUCACUAAACACCAAAUUUAUUCCAAAUCACCGCAAUCACUGUGUCCCUUCGAUUUACACUCGUACACAAACACCAAAGGACUGUAUUAAAAAUUCAUGUGCAGCAUAACGAUAAUGUAGGCGUGUAUUAUGCGACGUGGAGGACGGAGGUCGACAUGGCAUCGCGGCAGCCGCGGCGGCGGCGGCAGCUGGGCGGGCGCCUGCGCCAAAGCAAGGCGGGGUUUGAAACACCGCCUUUACCAACCUGUAGCGCCAUUAAAUACCCUCCGUCAUCCCGACAAAAGCAUUUUUCCGUUGAAGAGAUACCAGGAGUGUGAGUGUAGGCGUAGGGCCCGCCUCCACUGCAGUGUGUGUCACGUAGAGCUGUAUGGCAGUGUGGCGGCGCGGCGCCGCGACCUCGCGGCAGUAAUGGUGAUGGAGCGGCUGGCGGACUUCGUGAGCAAGUCGCUGGAAGGCGGCGAGGCCCCGGCGCCGCCGCCCGAGCCUGGCGACGACGAGGCUGAUGAAGAAGUUGACAUCACGGCGCUGGAGGACAAAGCGCCACCGGCCAAGCGCCCGCGCAACUGGCUGUUAUCGCCGCCACCGCACCCGCCGCCGCCCGCCUGCAAAAGAGAUCCUGACGACGAUGAUGAGAGCAAACACGAUGUGAACGAGAAAACUUCAAACGGACUAUUAAACAAUGGCAGUGGGAAACAGCGUCGGUCUCGCACGAAUUUCACGUUAGAGCAACUGGGCGAGUUGGAAAGGCUGUUCGACGAAACGCACUACCCGGACGCCUUCAUGCGGGAAGAGCUCAGCCAGCGGCUGGGACUUAGCGAAGCUAGAGUACAGGUAUGGUUUCAAAAUCGACGCGCGAAGUGCCGCAAACACGAGAGCCAAAUGCAUAAAGGUCUAGUUGUGGGCGGCGGUGGCACACCGCUGGAGCCGUGUCGCGUGGCGCCGUACGUGUCCGUACCGCGACUAGCGGCGGCGCGAGCGCCUGGUCCACCCCCAGGUGCGCAGCUACCUCCUCUCGCGCACCCAACACACCCUGCGCACGUGCCGCACCCGCCGGCAACAGCAUUCGCGCCGUUCGACACAGCUCUGCUCUCUGCGGCUGCGCAUCAGUACGCGAGUGCGGCGGCGGCGGCAGCGGCCGCGGCGCUUUGUCCGCCGUACGCGGGGCUUGCGGCUCUGGCGGCGCGUUGUCGCUCCUCGUCUAUCGCUGACCUGCGGCUGAAGGCGCGGCGGCACGCAGCGGCGUUGGCGGCCGCCCGCGCUUCUCCACCGCCUCAACCUCCCGUUGCGCCAGCUUCCGCCCCAGCGGAUACAUAG